GCCAGUACAGCGGGCACCGAGUCAUCUUGCAGAACAGUGGGCACCGAGUCAUCUGGCACGACAGUGGGCACCAAGUCAUCUGGCAUGACAGCGGGCACCGAGUCACCAAGCUCGACAGUGGGCACCGAGUCACCAAGCUCGACAGCGGGCACCAAGUCAUCUGGCACGACAGAGGGCACCGAGUCACCAAGCUCGACAGUGGGCACCGAGUCAUCUGGCACGACAACGGGCACCGGGUCACCUGGCACGACAGCGGGCACCGAGUCACUUGGCACGACAGUGGGCACGAGUCAUCUGGCAGGACAGCGGGCACCGAGUCAUCUGGCUCGACAGCGGGCACCGAGUCAUCUGGCUCGACAGCGGGCACCGAGGCACCAGGCCGGACCACGGGCACCGAGGCACCAGGCCGGACCACGGGCACCAAAGCACCAGGCCGGACCACGGGCACCGAGGCACCAGGCCGGACCACGGGCACCGAGGCACCAGGCUGGACUAGGUCAUCAGGCUGGAUCGGGCAUCCGGGCAUCAGGCUGAACAGCGGGCACCGGGGGACCAGGCUGGAU